CUAACCUUAGGUGGUCUGUCGGCUAGAGAAACUUAACAAAGCCAAGCAGGCCCAUAAGUUCCCUGUCCUGCCUUUUAAAGUAGGGAAAGGGUCUUCUGGCCGCCUUACUCGAGAAAUUAGGGUUUUCAGUUCUUGAAAGGCAGCGUUUAGGAGAUCGAAACUCGGAAAAGAAAGAGAAAGAAAAGAAACUGCGAUGUCACUAAUUAGCUUAUGUAGAUUAUAUUACUGGUAGUGUUUGUUUAUUGUAUUCGAUGGGCAUCGGUGAUGAGUUGAUACAAAAAUCGUUAUCCUUGCACUUUGAUUUGCAGUGAAGAAAACUACGGGGUUUUAUGUCUCUGAGAUGCUCUUUUAUAAGCUUUUUCCUUCUUAUGAAAUUUUUCUUUAAAAAGGUUUCUGCUUUUUGAUUUAUUGUCUCUGCAUAUCAGAAAGUGUCUUUUUCUUUUUCUUUUUCUCUCAUUUUUUUGUUUGGAUCAGUGAUGUUUAUUGAUAUACUGCGUUAUCUAUCUGAAUAUUAUUUCAUUUGAAGAAGAUAACUAUAAGAUGCUGAGAUCCUUCUCUCUUUUUGUUUUUUUAAAAGAUUUCUAAUUAUUUGUUUUAAUAAUUUUCUGUCCAUUGAAAAGGAAGUUUUGUGUUUACUUGGGUAAUUUACAAUUCUGAUUGGAGACAUGGGCGAUUAAGUGAAUGUGAUUGGAUCGAUGAUGUUCAUUAUGAACUGCGUUAUCUAUCUGAAACUUCCUUAUUGGAAUUGAAGAAGUCUAUAAACACAUUCUGAGAUCUUGUCACCUUAUUUUGCCUUUUAAAUGAUCCAUGGAUCUUCAAUCAAGAAAAGCAAAUGCAAAUGCUAUUCUUUUUUUUACACAAUUAGGCUUUUCUUUUCAUUAACAGUCGAGCCGACUGGUGUUUCAUUUCGCUCUUUCUUAUAUGAAACGUGUUGAUGAAAAAUCAUAAUCGUACGUGGGUUAUAACUUUUUGACUGAGAUGAUAAUAUUAUCUGUCUUCUUGAAUUACAGGAAAAUAUUUGACUUUCGAACAUAUAUCGGGUCUGUGAAUCUGAAACAUGUCUCGGGUCUGUGAGUCUGUUCUUGAUAGCAGUGAGUGGCACUUGGUCCAUAAGGUUCUGUACUGUGAGGUCCCCGCUUGGACUGAAUCAGUAAAUAAAAUUUCCCUAUCCCCUCAUUUGAGGGGUGACCCCUCUGAUUUACAAUGGAAAGCUCUCUUGCCUUCUCUGUUUACAUGCUUAACUGAUGAUAUAUAAAUGGACAUGGAUGAAAUUUUCCAGCCAGCAGAUACCUGACCCUAGAUUAGCAAUCUAUUCUAAACUAAGGGGGAAAAAAUAUAUUACAUGCAAGUCCUCUCCAUCGAAAACUUAUCUUAUUGAGGAAUAAAUAGUUACAAGAUCUCGUCUAAUUAACAAUUGGAUGCGUAUUAGCACUAGAGCUUGUGGUGGUUGGUGUGGGUGUCUGAGGAUGGGAAAAACGUGAGAAGCUUAAAUGGAUGAUGCUGGGCUGGUGCUUCGCUAAUCAUCAGGAAUCCGAAGCACCAAGCUAUGAAAUUUGAAAACAUGAAACUCAUUUUCUAAUUGAAAUCGUGGAUGAAUAAAGGCCACAUUUGUAUCCUCAAAUUCCUGCCACAUAUUCCAAGUAUUCUUGCCCCUUCUCCAAGCAGGUUCACUCAUCCAAUAUUUCUGGCAGGAAAAAGAAAAAAUCUUCAUCUCGUGGCAGUAUUUAAUAGGAACCCGUUUCCCAAAUCUGAACAUUCAGAGCUUCUCGGUCUCGUCUGGCAAACACACACUAUAGUUCUCUUUAUUCUUCAGAAUGGGAUUAGUUUUUGGAAAGAUCACUGUUGAAACUCCCAAGUACGAAGUGAUCGAGUCCUUGAGUGAAUAUGAGAUCCGGAAAUAUGCACCGGCAGUCCUUGCACAAGUCACAUACGAUCGGACCCAAUUCAAAGGCGAUAAAGAUGGCGGAUUCAUGGUGCUUGCUAAUUACAUAGGUGCUGUAGGCAAUCCCCACAACACUAAGCCUGAGAAAAUUGCCAUGACAGCUCCAGUUAUAACCAAAAGUGGUGGUGAAAAGAUUGCAAUGACAGCUCCUGUCGUCACAAAGGAGGGUGGUGGUGGAGACAACACGACGGUCACCAUGCAAUUCUUGUUGCCAGACAAGUACAAGAAGGCAGAGGACGCACCAAAACCAACCGACGAGAGGGUGGUGAUAAAGGAAGAGGGGGAAAAGAAGUAUGGGGUGGUGAAGUUUGGAGGUGUUGCAACAGAGCAGGUGGUGCAGGAAAAGGUGGACAAGCUGAAACAGAACUUGGAGAGAGAUGGGCAUAAAUUGAUCGGGGAAUUUGUAUUGGCAAGGUAUAACCCCCCUUGGACUUUGCCUCCUUUCAGGACUAAUGAGGUGAUGAUACCAAUUGAAUGAGUUGCAGAUGGGUUUUGUUUUAGUGUCUGCAGAAGACUGGCUCUUGCAAAUCGUUUCUUAAUUGAAUAGGGUUUCCUUGAUAGAAAGGACUACAUGCUAAUCUAAGGAGAUCCUCAAUCCAAACUAGCUGCCUACUGAGAUCUCCAUAAAAACUACUACUGCCCAACACUGAAAGCUGGAGCAAAAAAAGGAUCUGAGAAAAAAACUAGCUCCUAACAUGUUUAUUAUGAUUGUGUAAAACCUCAUUUUCUAAUCCUACACAACAGAAUGUUAUUAUGUUUUUGUUAAAUAGACCAGAUAUCUUUGUCUUGAGAUUCAUAA